AUGUUGGACGAACUAGCAUUUCAAAAAGAUAUAGUAACCAUUGCUCUCGAGAAGCCUCGCCCGACCCUUGUCCGCCUCGCCCGACCAUUGUCCGCCUCGCCCGACCAUUGUCCGCCUCGCCCGACCCUUGUCCGCCUCGGCCGACCAUUGUCCGCCUCGCCCGACCCUUGUCCGCCUCGGCCGACCAUUGUCUGCCUCGCCCGACCAUUGUCCGCCUCGCCCGACCCUUGUUCGCCUCGGCCGACCAUUGUCCGCCUCGCCCGACCAUUGUCCGCCUCGCCCGACCAUUGUCCGCCUCGCCCGACCCUUGUUCGCCUCGGCCGACCAUUGUCCGCCUCGCCCGACCAUUGUCCGCCUCGCCCGACCAUUGUCCGCCUCGCCCGACCCUUGUCCGCCUCGCCCGACCAUUGUCCGCCUCGCCCGACCAUUGUCCGCCUCGCCCGACCAUUGUCCGCCUCGCCCGACCAUUGUCCGCCUCGCCCGACCAUUGUCCGCCUCGCCCGACCAUUGUCCGCCUCGCCCGACCCUUGUCCGCCUCGCCCGACCAUUGUCCGCCUCGCCCGACCCUUGUCCGCCUCGCCCGACCCUUGUCCGCCUCGCCCGACCAUUGUCCGCCUCGCCCGACCAUUGUCCGCCUCGCCCGACCAUUGUCCGCCUCGCCCGACCAUUGUCCGCCUCGCCCGACCAUUGUCCGCCUCGCCCGACCAUUGUCCGCCUCGCCCGACCAUUGUCCGCCUCGCCCGACCAUUGUCCGCCUCGUCCGACCCUUGUCCAGCCUCGCCCGACCAUUGUCAAGCCUCGCCCGACCAUUGUCCGCCUCGUCCGACCAUUGUCCGCCUCGCCCGACCAUUGUCCGCCUCGUCCGACCCUUGUCCAGCCUCGCCCGACCAUUGUCAAGCCUCGCCCGACCCUUUUCCAGCCUCGCCCGACCCUUGUCCAACCUCGCCCGACCCUUGUCCAGCCUCGCCCGACCCUUGUCCAGCCUCGCCCGACCAUUGUCAAGCCUCGCCCGACCCUUUUCCAGCCUCGCCCGACCCUUGUCCAACCUCGCCCGACCCUUGUCCAGCCUCGCCCGACCCUUGUCCAGCCUCGCCCGACCAUUGUCAAGCCUCGCCCGACCCUUUUCCAGCCUCGCCCGACCAUUGUCAAGCCUCGCCCGACCAUUGUCCGCCUCGCCCGACCAUUAUCCGCCUCGCCCGACCAUUGUCAAGCCUCGCCCGACCCUUUUCCAGCCUCGCCCGACCAUUGUCAAGCCUCGCCCGACCAUUGUCCGCCUCGCCCUCGUCUCCCUCGACAAUAGACAAGAGGCGUCAGAAAACACCAAUAAUGGACUUACAGGAUUAUUAUUGA